UGUGACCGUAGCAUAACAAAAAAUUGAAAAACAAACAAACAUUUAUUGGAUUCAGAUGAGUGCAGAGUCAUCACGCGUAACCAUGUUAUAUUCACAAACACGUUUGGCGUCCGUAUAGACAGACCAGUGCAAUAUUGCAAUGUAGGCCUGUAUCACGUUCAACAAAUAGCACGACUAUUACAUGCAGGGAGAUCUCCCUGGUACAUGCAUACAAAUUCUGAGGAUUACGAACUGCAGCUGACUGGAAGUUGGAAGUUCUGGAUUGUCAUCAAGGAACAAGGAGAUUUCUAACAAAGUCUAAGAAACUGUGUGAGAUAACCCAAUCCAUAUUGGCCACGCUGACAAGAUGGCUCACUUUUCGGUGGAGACAUGCCAGGGUUGUCACCAAGACAAGGAGCAAAAGACUUACUGCGUGGUGAUGAGGUUAUGUGAUGACUGCGCUCGGGAGAAGGAGCAUUUUAUCCGGAAGUUGACCCGUGAUAAGAAGGUGGUUUUUAACUGCCGUCGGCAUCCUGAACUGAAGGCACUGGCCUUUUGCGGGGACCACGAAGAGACGAUAUGCCUGGAGUGCCUUUCGUCACACAUUGGCCGUUGCAGUUUGAUCGACUUAAACGCCGAGGUGGCAGAGCGAAGAAGUCAACUCGGCAAUCUUGUGGAACGAUGCAAGAGUAAAGCGGGGGAAUUCAAACAAUUUAAUAUCGAGGUCGACAUGAGAUCAAAUCGAAUCGAGAAACACUUUGCCACAAUCGAAGAUGCAAUCCGCAACUCAACGUCUCAAGAGAAAAGAGAGGUGGAAGAAAAUCGGGACCGAGAGGCCGAAUGCAUCACCAGGAAUGCUGAAGAAGAACUUGAGAGGAUCAGGCAAAAACGAUAUGAGGAUUUGAUGGAAAAUCAACGGGACGCCGAAAAACAAUUAGACAAAAUUAAAGAGAACGAGAAAGGACUAUUUGAUAAGCUCGAUCAAAUUAAAAAAAUGUUCGCUGAUAAAAUUAUCUUGAUGAAAUCCUAUCUUCGGCAAACUUUGAACAACGUAGAGAAGGCCGAGUCCUUCGACGACGAGGGAAUGCUUCAGCCGGAUUUUCAAAAGACAGUUGUGUCUUUGACCAAUGUCCUCCAUAGGCAAGUUGACACCUGUGGCGUUGACAAGCUAGUAGAUGCUGCAGAAUCAGUCGAGGGAUAUGAUGAGAGAAUAAACGUUCCUGCAGAGAGGUGGGAGGAGCAACAUGGACUGACAUGGACGACAGGACUCGGUAAGGAUUCGUACAUGAUGGGCGCCAUCAACGAGGACGAAGUAGUACUCAAGAAGAAAGAUGAUGGCUCGGUUCAUAUUUUGAACAUUCACAGCGGUGACACCAGGGUGGGGAUCUCGGGAAAGAAACCGUAUGACAUUUACAGUUGCGCUGCUCUUCUUGACGGUAGGGUCGUUUGCGGAACCCGUUUCGGCGAGAUCGUCGUUUACGACGCUGUCUGGAACCCCUUGACGACGAUUCAUCUCGAUAAAUUAGGCAAGUUAAGGCCUGUUUCCCUCUGCACCGAUGGGAACGAUAUGAUCCUGGCGUCUAAUGGCGAGCCCAUAAUCCAUGUCUUCAACCCCAAUAAUGGAGAGUUCAUCAGAUCAAUCGACGUCAACGUCAGGUCAAUCUGCGAACUUCAUCUUCUCCCAUCAGCUGACAUCGCUCUCCGCAUCAGGCCGGCUGACAAGGACUGUAGCGAUGUGCGCGUCUUGGACAAAACGGGAUGCCUUCGGUCAAAAUAUCAUCUGCAUAACAAAAACCUGAUGAGUAUGGCUGUGGAUGUAUCACGUGACCGUAUCUUCAUUAUGCUCCUGGAUAACGAUGACGAGAGCGAUGACUUCGACAUGGCGGUGCUCUCAUCAAGUGGUCUGGCAGAAAUAGACGUCGAGCUACCUUUUUACCGGAGGACGCUUGCCGAAAUGUGCUUCAUGCCCAAUACGAAUGCUCUGGUUGUUCACUACGAAGGAAUGACUACAGUAUUCCAGCAAACAGAACCGGGCCUUGAGGAAAUCAUUAGUAACAUUGAUUAGAUCAGGAACUAAUAGGUCAGGGGGUGAUUCACAAAGACUAAGAUCGACUUUAAGUUGGACUUAACUAUGGCGGGCCAUUCGUGCCACUACACUGUUAGAACGGUGUUUAAAAUAUCACUGUUUAAAAGAAUGUUGUUUAAAAAAGUAAACAACGUU